UGUACAUACAUAUUUUAGUAUUUAAUUUAAUUAAAAGGUUGCUGGUGUGCUGAAUCAAUAAUGGAGGUCGUUUUGGCAAUAAACCGUUGUGUUGAACUUUGGUCUGAUAUUUUGGCAGAUAAAUGGUUUAGCGGGAAAAAGCUGGUUAUUUGGAUGGUUAUUCCUAUAAUUUAUGGCCUAGCAAUGGCAUUCUAUACAAAGCCUGUAACUUUCAGUAGCAUGUACUUUAGCUGGUUUUUCAAUCCACAUCUGUUAUAUAUUGAUGAUACUAAUGAAGUUGUAAGUUCUUUUAUGGGAACUUACAUGGGAACUUUCCACUAUGUCCGACUAUUAUCUUUAUUUAGCCUAUCACAUUCAUAA